CCAAACAUUAUCAUCAUGCUCAUGGAUGACAUGGGUUGGGGGGAUUUGGGGGUGCUGGGUCAGCCUUCCAAAGAGACCCCCAAUCUGGAUGCAAUGGCUGCUCAGGGCAUGCUCUUCACCAACUUCUACACAGCCAACCCACUUUGUUCCCCAUCCAGAGCGGCUCUUCUCACUGGGAGGCUUCCUGUCAGAAAUGGUUUCUACACCACCAACGCUCAUGCCAGAAAUGCAUACACACCCCAGGAGAUAGUGGGGGGGAUCUCCAAAGAUGAGAUCUUGUUGCCGCAGUUGCUGAAGAAAAAAGGUUACGUCAGCAAGAUUGUUGGAAAAUGGCAUCUGGGCCACAGACCACAGUACCUUCCCCUGGAAAAUGGUUUUGACGAAUGGUUUGGUUCUCCAAACUGCCACUUUGGUCCCUACAACGACAAGAUCAGACCCAACAUCCCCGUCUACAACAACUCGGAGAUGCUUGGAAGGUACUUUGAGGACUUUAAGAUCGACAUAAAAGCCAGUGAAUCAAACCUCACUCAGAUGUAUUUGAUGGAAGGUCUUGCCUUCAUAUUUCGUCAGGCCAAAGCCAAGCAGCCCUUCUUCCUCUACUGGGCACCCGAUGCCACCCACGCCCCCGUUUAUGCCUCCAAACCUUUCUUAGGGAAGAGCCAACGAGGCCGUUACGGAGACGCAGUGAUGGAGUUGGACAGCAGCGUCGGUCAGAUCCUGAAGAUGCUGCAGAGUCUGGGCAUAGAAAAGAACACCUUUGUCUUUUUCACGUCGGACAACGGAGCAGCUCUUAUAUCUGCCCCAACUGAAGGUGGCAGCAACGGGCCGUUCCUCUGCGGGAAGCAGACAACGUUUGAGGGCGGCAUGAGGGAGCCCGCCAUUGCCUGGUGGCCUGGACACAUCAAGGAAGGCAUGGUGAGUUUGCAGCCUGCUAAUGUCAUGGACCUGUUCACCACUUGUCUGGCUCUGGCUGGCAUCGACCCUCCUCAGGACCGCAUCGUGGAUGGACUAGAUCUGACGCCGGUCUUGUUAAACUCCUCCAAAACUCUUGAAAACCGACCUACGUUUUACUAUCGUGGAAAUGAGCUGAUGGCUGUGAGGAUUGGUCAGUACAAGGCCCACUACUGGACCUGGAGCAACUCCUGGGAGGAGUUUAAAAGUGGUAUAAAUUUCUGUCCAGGUGAAGAGGUCCCGGGUGUGACGACUCACAAUCAGACUGAGCACACUAUGCAGCCGCUCAUUUUCCACUUGGGGCGGGACCCUGGAGAAAAGUAUCCACUCAACGUUUUGUCGAAGGAGUACCAGGACGCUCUGCAGAGGAUCUCUGCGGUCGUCCAGCAGCAUCAGAAGACUCUGGUUCCCGGCAUGCCGCAGCUCAACAUGUGUGACCUGGCAGUGAUGAACUGGGCUCCUGCCGGUUGUGAGAAGUUAGGGAAGUGUUUGAAUCCACCCGAGUCCAAACCCUGGAAGUGCUUCUGGCCCCACUGAGAACGAACGCAGACGGCCCAACGGUGAACCCAAGGAACAACAAUCUUUUUAAAUCAAAGCAAUUAAAAGAUGAUUAUAUGCAGUAUUAAAGACAAGAACGU